UAAAACCCUAAACCCCUAAAGUCCCGGAACUGCCGGCGGUAAAAUCUCUCCGGCGAGCGUGUUUCUCAAAACCACGCUUUCUCUUAAAAGAAAAAUCCCACAGCUCCACGUGUCCCUCUCUUGUUCAUUCAAAAGCAAAUGGCCGAUCAAGCAACUACAUCUUGGUGGAAGGAGCUCCCACUUGUAUUCAUCAGCCCACCAACGGCGUCGUUUGAUGACCUCCCUCGAGACCUAGCCAUCAACAUCCUCUCAAGACUCCCCGUCAAAACCCUAGCCCAGUCAACAGCCGUCUCCCAACACUGGUAUUCUCUGAUCAAGAACCCUAUUUUUGUCCGAGCCCACUUCACUCGUUCAAUUUCUCAGCUAGCUGCUACUAGUACUGACCACUGCAUUUUAGUCACUCCUAAGGAAUUUUCUGAUGAACCCACUUUGUCGAUUUUCGCCGACAACGAAAAUUAUGACUUGUGCUGUAAAGUUAAAAUCCCAUUUCAGACCUGGUCGAAAACGGUACAAAUUGUGGGUUCCUGUAAUGGGCUUGUCUGUUUGACUGAUGAGGUUGAUUGUGCUUAUGGCGGGGAUGUUUACUUGUUUAAUCCUGUUCUUAGGAAGUAUAAGAUCCUGAAAUCUGAGUUUUCUUGUUAUUGUGAUUGGAUGGAAAAGAAUUUUUCAACUUAUCCUGUUUUAGGAUUCGGGUUUUGUGAGCGAGACAAUGAUUUCAGGGUUGUCAGGAUUCUUUAUUCAGCUCAUCAUGUUGGGGAGAAAUUGAGGCCUAGGGUGGAGGUUUAUAGUUUGAAGAGUGGGAAAUGGAGGAGUGUUAGGGCUAAAAUUGAUCAUAUGGUAUUUCGGGGUUGUAAUGCUUUUGUUGAUGGGUGUAUUUAUUGGCUUGCUGCUGAGAAGGCUCAUGGUCGAUUGUCGUGGGUGAUGUGGUUUGAUUUGGAGGAUGAGGUGUUUCAUGACGUGGAAAUGCCAGAGAACUAUGACAAGGAUACUUGGGACGAUAAUUUGCCAGUUAAUAUCAUGCGAUGGAAUGGUGAGGUUGCCAUAGGUGCUAUUGAACCAGGUGGGACAGGGAAUUAUGUCAAAUGUGGCUUUUGGGUUUUGAAGAAGGAUGAUGGUGGGGAGUUGCUUUGGGAGAGGAAGUUUAAGCUAGUUUUGAAGGAUGCACUGUGCGGGAUUCCAGUUGGAUUUACUUGGUGUGGGAAAGUUGUGAUUGAUGCUCUUGAUAGAGAAGACCAUUCACGUAGAAAGGCGAAUGCUGCACUUACCAAGACAGUUGCACUUGACCUCAAUGACAUGAAAUUCAAGGAUCUUGCAGUGGAUGGGCCUCACACAGUGGCUACUUGUUUCGAGGAAAGCCUUGUUCUGUUCUUGGACUAAAGUUAUCCUCUUGCCUCCCCUGUAGGCAAGGACAAGAUUAAGUGAUCUUUGCUUGCUGAUGAUUAUGGAAUUUCCAGACUGAUCCCAAACUGUGUAGUUGAAGUAUGUAAAGUGAGUAGAGUGACUGCCUUGUGACUGCUGAUUAAGAUAUUUGCUGCAUGAUCAGAUGUUUACAUCUGACUUACUAGGAUGAAUUGUUGAGGAGGUGUAUCUUCCUGAUCAGAUGGCCACAGCUAACUUAUUUGGUGGUUUAUCGAUUAUGCUGCUCUAGAUUAUCAGGCGUUAAAUCUUGUUCUAA